AUGGGGGGGGUGGGGAGCAAGGCGUGGAAAGGGAAAGCCCCAUCACGUACUAGAAGGGGGCGGUUCGUUCGUCCUUACCCGAUAGGCGGUCGGACAGCGGAGAGUGAAGGCGAGAUGUCGGACGGGUCAAUGUUGUCAACUGCAUCCGUCACUUCCGUUCCUAAGAGGACGAAGCGGAAGUCAUUGCCUGUAGAUGCUGAAACGGCUUCAAAGUUUAUGGCUAUUCCGACUUCGGAAUCGGAUACGGGAAAAUCAGUCGCGGAGUCGACAGCGAAGACGAAGACUAAUCUUCCUAAUCCGGAGGAGUUAGUGUGUGAAAUGCAGUCAUGCGCCAACGCGCAACUUGGCGAGCGCGUAGAGCAGCAUAUACAACUUAUUGAGGAGGUAGCGGAUCGAUCUCGCAAUUUAAAAGGAACCUUUGCACACGGUCUUCGAGUGGCAGCUUUAAACCUUAAAGCUGCGUUAGGUGAACUUUCUCGGAGGUCUGACGCAGAGUCUAAUAUGGAAAGACUUGAACGUGAGAAUGCGGAAUUACGUUCCCAAAUCUCCAUUAUGAGCUAUAAAUUAGAUAAACUCACGGAUGAAAUUAACAUUCUUCGCGUGAAUCCUACAACAACUUCACGCCCUGAAACGACGGCCGACGUGUCCCAAAAGUGGUGCCCCGCAGCAUUAGAUUCCAGGGGCAGUGAAGACGGAUUAAUGGAACGAAUCGGAGUUUUGAUAGAGUCAAAGUUUGCUGCCUUUGAAGCUAAUCUGUUCCCAGACAGGGCUAUUCGGCCACUUCGGGGGGCGAACAAGAAUUUUGUGGGUACUCAAAGGCAGGAAGCUGACACUCUUAUCCUCCAAGAACAACGAACAGAUUCAGCGGGAUCGGAUUUACCAAAACAAUCGCGUAGAAGAAGAAAGAAAAGGCCUCCGCACCCUUCGGUAGCAGACCUUCCUCCAAUCGCUUUACCACAAACGCAAGCAGUUCGGCAUAUGACGGAACCAACUUGGGUAUCCAUCACUAAGAAACCAAAACCUAAGACGCUGUCGGCUAAUCCUGGGAUAAGUGGAUACCGAAAGAAGGGUUUACGAGUUCCAACUACAGCGGCCGUAUCGAUCACCAUACCAGAGAACUCCACUGUCACCUACGCUAAAGUCAUGGAGAUAGCCAAAAAUAAAAUUAGCUUGGCCGACAUUGGCAUUGACACUCUUAGACAAAAAAGAGCUAUGACUGGAGGUCUGUUACUAGAGAUCAUCGGUCCGGAAUGCAACCAAAAAGCAGACAAUUUAGCCGCAAAGCUGCGCGAGGCUCUCUCCCAUCUUAACCUCAAAAUUAGAAGACCGACGAAAACAGGAGACAUUCGUCUCAGAGACCUCGACGACGCUGUAAAUGCUCAGGAGGUCGCGGAAGCGGUAGCAAAAGUGGGUGGAUGUUCCGCAGAUGAGAUUAAAGUCGGGGAAAUCCAUCGAUCUCUAUCUAGUAUGGGAUCCUGCUGGUUACGUUGCCCAAUCAAGGUGGUCAGGAAUUUGGUGGUUUCCGGGUUCGUGCGUGUGGGCUGGAGUUCUGUGCGAGUUGAAGCAAUCGAGCCUAGGCCGUUGCAUUGCUUCAGAUGCUUAGAGAAAGGACAUGUUGGCAGCAAAUGCCCUAAUCAAGUAUUUCGGGGAUCGCGUUGCUACGCUUGUGGAGAAGAUGGACAUAGGGCAAAGGAGUGUACGUCACCGACUCUCAAAUGCCCGUUAUGUUCAGAUCUUGGAAAAACGCGGCAGGACAGGAGGCAAAUCCUUCGCUUAUGCAGGCGUAACGGCCCCUACUUUCAGUGCGUCGAUGCCAGACCCGGUCUCGGAAGUGGAGGCUAUGGAAGCUUAAAAUUCGAAUUCUUAAAAGUUCUCCAGGGUAAUCUGAACCACUGCCGCAACGCGCAGCAAUUAUUAAUGCAGACCAUUGCAGAGCAGCAGGUUGCCCUAUCAGUACUGGCAGAGCCUUAUACAGUGCCGGAUCAUCCGCAGUGGUUUGGGGAUUUAACUUGUUCUGUAGCGAUCCACUGGAGUGGGAGAGAGCGCGUCCCAAUGUGUUCCCUCCUACAUAAAGGAACAGGUUUGCUGGCGAUUCGAUGGGGCGCUCUGGCUAUCGUGGGUUGUUAUAUAUCUCCAAAUAAGUCUCUCUCCGAAUAUAAAGCCUACUUGGAUACGCUAGCUGCCUGCGUUCGGGAUUGCCACCCACUACCUGUUAUCGUCCUAGGUGACUUCAACGCUCAUGCCAGAGCUUGGGGUAACCCUAGAGAUAAGCCAAAGGGCAGAACAUUACUGGACUGGUCGGCUGAACUAGACCUCCGAUUAUUAAACCAGGGAUCU